AGACACCGCACCCGGAAGUGACGCGCCUCCGUAACGAAGCGGUGGCGCGGCUGGCGGGCCGGCAGUCCAGUUUAUUUUGGAGGAAGUCACUGCGUCGAGCCUGAGAGGCAGUGAGAGGCGUGGACAGUGGGCACCCUUGCCAACGCCUACGAUGCUUUCAGGCUGUACAGCUAUCGGCUGGGCUGACCAUGGCCCUUUCUGUGGAGACAGAGUCGCACAUCUACCGAGCUCUGCGCACUGCCUCUGGGGCUGCAGCCCACCUUGUGGCCUUGGGCUUUACCAUCUUUGUGGCUGUGCUUGCCAGACCUGGCUCCAGUCUGUUCUCCUGGCACCCCGUUCUCAUGUCUCUGGCUUUCUCCUUCCUGAUGACUGAGGCACUCCUCAUGUUUUCUCCUGAGAGUUCACUGCUGCGGUCCCUGUCCCGGAAGGUCCGAGCACGCUGCCACUGGGUGCUGCAGCUGCUCGCCCUACUCUGCGCCCUGCUGGGUCUGGGUCUUGUCAUCCUCCACAAAGAGCAGCUUGGCAAAGCGCACCUGGCCACUCGACACGGACAGGCAGGGCUGUUAGCUGUGCUGUGGGCAGGGCUGCAGUGCGCAGGGGGCGUGGGGCUGCUCUACCCCAAGCUGUUGCCCCGAUGGCCCUUGGCAAAGCUGAAACUCUACCAUGCCACUUCUGGGUUGGUGGGCUACCUGCUGGGCAGUGCCAGCCUCCUGCUGGGCAUGUGCUCACUCUGGUUCACCGCCACGGUCACUGGUGGCGCCUGGUACCUGGCUGUGCUGUGCCCCAUCAUCACCAGUUUGGUAAUCAUGAACCAAGUAAGCAAUGCCUACCUAUACCGCAAGAGGAUCCAACCCUGAGCACUCGACAGCCAUCAGGAAGCCUUGAUUUGCACCUCAGCCGAGGACCUGGAGCUGGGAACCUGUUGGACUCUCAUAGCUGACUGGGUCAGGGAACAUUUUGGGUACUCAGGCACUUGGGUAGAUCUGUGACAUUUUUGCUCCUCAUGCUAGAGUGCCUCCCUUUUCUUUUCUCGCUGUCAACCCAGGGAAGCAUGGAUCAAUGAGUGUGGAUGAAGCUGGGGUCGCGAUUUUGUCUCCCCAGCCACACAGCAUAUAUUUGUACUGGUAUGUCCAGAGAUCAUGGAGAAAAAAAGUAAAAUAAACACACAAACCAAAACGGAAAA